UUAAAGGGGCUGCUUAUUGUCAGUUUAUGGAUAUGUUAUUUCCUGGUUCGGUACCUAUGAAACGUGUCAAGUUCCGUACAAAUUUGGAACAUGAAUACAUUCAAAACUUCAAGAUACUACAAGCUUCUUUCAAAAAAAUGAGCGUAGACAAGAUUAUACCCGUUGAUAAAUUAAUUAAGGGACGUUUUCAAGAUAAUUUUGAAUUUUUACAAUGGUUUAAAAAGUUCUUUGAUGCCAAUUACGAUGGACGUGAAUAUGAACCGCUAAUAGCACGUGGUGGCAUUAAAUUGGGUAAUGGUGUUGGUGGCGGUGGUAGUGGUGUAGGCAGCAGUAAUGAUUUGCUACAUCAUCAUCAUCAGCAUGACAAACGUCAUAUACAAAUGCCUUCGGGACGUAGUACAACACAUGCUACCACAACACGAACAACCGGUAUGACCAUGUUAUAUUUUCCUUAAAUAAAUUGUUUAUUU